GUCGUGUCGUGCAGUUGACUUCUGAUUCGCGCUCGCUGCCAUUUCCACUUUGCGUAAUUUACGGCGAAAAUAAAAAAUAAUACGGCAAAAGGCUUAAAUAAAUGAAGUUAUUACGGUGAUAACGAUUGAAUUGAAGACUCGCAGCGGAAAUGUAACUGCUGAGGCGACUGGAUUGGAUGCCCGAUCGUCGUGGAGGGUCGCGUUUGCGAUUUGCAUACGAAUAAAAUAACAUUUUGAUGCUGAAUUCUUGUCCGUGUGUGUGUGUGUGUUUGUGCGUGCAAUAAAAAUAAAUAAAAUAAUAUCUGCAAUCUCAACAUCAUCAUGUACUAUCCGCCCGCUGAUAGUUAUACCGGUUAUCGGGUGACUCCACCCCAAAUCAACGGCGGCACCACCACCACCACCACCAUCAGCAGCGGCAGCAGCAACAACAACAACAUCCACCACAUCAACAAUAACAAUAACCACAUCUGCAGCAGUGGCAGCAGCAACAACCUCAAUUUGACGACAGCAAUCAGCGGCAGCAGCAACAGAAUGGACACCGACGAUGUGGAAUCGAACACAAGCAGCGCGAUGUCCACACUGGGCUCGCUAUUCUCCUUCACAUCGCCGGCGGUGAAGAAGCUGCUGGGCUGGAAACAGGGUGACGAAGAGGAGAAGUGGGCGGAGAAGGCCGUCGACAGUCUGGUGAAGAAGUUGAAGAAGCGCAAGGGCGCCAUCGAGGAGCUGGAGCGUGCGCUCUCCUGUCCCGGUCAGCCCUCGAAGUGUGUCACCAUUCCACGCUCGCUGGACGGACGAUUACAGGUCUCCCAUCGCAAGGGUCUGCCGCAUGUGAUCUACUGCCGCGUGUGGCGCUGGCCAGAUCUGCAGUCGCACCACGAACUGAAGCCACUCGAGCUGUGCCAGUAUCCGUUCAGCGCCAAGCAGAAGGAGGUGUGCAUCAAUCCGUAUCACUAUAAGCGCGUGGAGAGUCCGGUGCUCCCGCCAGUACUCGUUCCUCGCCACUCGGAAUUCGCGCCCGGUCACUCGAUGCUGCAGUUCAACCAUGUGGCCGAGCCCAGUAUGCCGCACAAUGUGAGCUACUCGAACAGUGGAUUCAACUCGCACAGCUUGAGCACCAGCAACACAUCGGUGGGCAGUCCGAGUUCCGUCAACUCCAAUCCCAAUUCGCCGUACGACAGCUUGGCGGGAACACCGCCACCCGCCUACAGUCCCUCGGAGGAUGGCAACUCCAACAAUCCGAACGACGGUGGCCAGCUGCUGGAUGCUCAGAUGGGCGAUGUUGCCCAGGUUAGCUAUUCGGAGCCCGCCUUCUGGGCGUCGAUAGCCUACUACGAGCUAAAUUGCCGCGUGGGCGAGGUGUUCCACUGCAACAACAACUCCGUGAUCGUUGACGGUUUCACGAAUCCUUCCAACAACUCGGACCGCUGCUGUCUCGGCCAGCUGAGCAACGUGAACAGGAAUAGCACCAUCGAGAACACACGCCGUCAUAUAGGCAAGGGUGUUCAUUUAUACUAUGUGACCGGCGAGGUCUACGCCGAAUGCCUAUCCGACUCCGCCAUUUUCGUGCAGUCGCGCAACUGCAACUACCACCACGGAUUCCAUCCGAGCACCGUGUGCAAAAUACCGCCGGGCUGCUCGCUGAAGAUCUUCAACAAUCAGGAAUUUGCUCAGCUGCUGUCGCAGUCGGUGAACAAUGGAUUCGAGGCCGUCUACGAGCUGACAAAGAUGUGCACGAUCCGGAUGUCGUUCGUGAAGGGCUGGGGUGCGGAGUAUCAUCGCCAGGAUGUGACCUCGACGCCCUGUUGGAUUGAAAUCCAUCUGCACGGGCCGCUCCAGUGGCUGGACAAGGUGCUCACCCAAAUGGGCUCUCCGCAUAAUGCAAUUAGUUCGGUAUCCUAAGCUUAAGAUGAGGCUCGAGUCCUCAAUGGAGACGGAAGAGAAGGAACACAAAACCGGUAGCUAAAUGAUGAGUGCGUGUGAGUGAAAGCUAAGUGUGAAAAGACGUAGAGAACACAGGACAAUGGAGAGAGCAUAGGUCUGUAGGCCUGAGGAUGGAGGUCCAUGCCACUCAGUCGCAGAUUUAUAUAGAUGAUGUACGGCAGCUACUCCAAUACCCGCCCUUUGCCCAUAUUUUAUAGUUUAUCGUAUGAUUUUCUAUGCGAAUGUCAUUCCUAACGCUAAAACAGAGUAAUGAAAAUGGACAGCGAGCUAAGAAACCAAUUACAAAAUGGUAUAACUAUUUACAAUGAUCUACAUGCUAUAAUAUUAAUGAUCUAUGCCCAUUGGCAAAACAGUUCUUGUUCAAGUCUAUUUCAAGUGCUAAUUAUGUGUCAUUGCAAAACUGCUUUAAAUAUAAAAACACAUUGAAUUAAUCCUACCAACUUUAAUUACAUAAGGAACAAGUAACUUACGUAGGGAUAUGAAAACACUUAUUGCAAUACAUUUCUUAAAAUGAUUUUGAAGAAGCCCUAGCUUAUGUUUUAUUUUUCUCAUUUGCGGUUCGCCUUGGAUCAACGAAUUCAAUGUUCAAUAUAGUUGAUUUAAAUAUAUAUAUGGUUUAACUAAUUUUAAGUUGCAAACAAAUCGAAAACAUCAAACAAGAAAAGAUACCAGCGAAAUUUAAGAAUGGAAAAAUGCUACUGAAUCAAUACGUUUUCCCAGACAAUGAUCUUUUGUUAUCUUAAGUAAAACUAAUAUUGUUUAGACCACGAGAAAAUUGCCUUUUUAUAUAAAUAUACAUGUAUAACUUUACUCUAGUUAUCGUAAGCUUAUGAUUUUCUCUGAUUUUGUUUUGAAUUACACUUUUGUGCGCAGAAAAAUAAGUAGACGAUAAUAAAAAAAAAAACAAACGAAAUGCUUACUUCUUAAAUAAAACCUGUUUUUGACUUAUGAGUUCUUUUUUUUUACUUUUUACGCUCGGAUUUAAAUAAGAUAUAAAAAGAUAUAAUGUAAAAAUAGCUGUAUAUUAGAGGCUUGGGCAAAACUUGGGCCUUACUAAAAAAAAUUAAUAAUAAUAUUGUAAUAUUUGUGCCUGUUCGAUAUUCCACGUCGGCCUUUGAUGUUGUGCGAAUUGUGUGGAGCAAAGAAAAAUUUAAUAAUGUCUUAAUAUCCAAGCAGCGAUACUGAUUACCAAACGAACAAGAAACAGAAAUAGUUGCCUUGAAGUUUACUAGUUUUUGAAUGCUAUAAAUUGCCUUAAAUACGCCUUGCAUGCCUCUUAAUGUUAAACGUACUAAUGUAAUAUUAAAAAAUGAAUUCAAAU